GUCGUGGCUGCUGUCACCGUUGCCACGGCAACGGCGACGCCGGCCUAGUUGAGUGGUCAAAGCCCGCCGCGUUCGAACCAAAAACGAAGCCAAAUUCGCUAGAAACUGACUGACAAAGUUGGACAUCACCUUUAAUUUGCUGCGCUAUUGAUUCCCGGCUAACAUCAGUGGCAAAUCAUCUCUGAACCGGACCUCACCUUCAACCCACAUUGACCAGCGUGGUGAAAUGGAGGCGUCCGAAGUUGAGCAAAAGUUGCUCCGAGCCGUACCUGUUCACGUAAGAGUGGAGCGUGGUAUCAACUUGCGCGGCAGCAGAGGCGACGUGAUGGUGUCACUCGUGCGAGCCGAGUACGGUGCUGCCAUGCUGGGGGAGUCGGCGCGUGUGCCGAGCACUUCCGACAGCUCCGCGGAGUACGACUUCAGCACCACGUUUGACUGCCCGUCCGAUGGCGCCACUGGUCUGGACGACGUGGCUCACAAGCCAGUGCUGCUGAUGGUGAUUGAAGUGCUCCCUAAAGAGAAGAAGCAGAAAGAAGAUAAGACUGUGGUGCUAGGUCAGGCCACAGUGGACCUCUUACCGCUUGUGCAAGGUCAAACCAAGUACAGCGCAACCGUGAAGGUCUACCCAGUGGCUGGGUCAUCUUUGGAGAAUGUCUCAUCUGAAGCAGACUUGCCCAGCCUGGAGGUCUCCGUCUCAGCUCCAGAGCCUUUGCUGUCGGCCGAGCGCUUAGCCGAGAGCAACCUGCUCCGGAUAACGGUGGAGUCGGCCUACGGGGUUCCGGCCACGUGGGCCUCUGUGGGACCCAUGUGCAACUACACGGCCAGCCUGCCUGUGCCCAUUUCUGCUGAGAAAGAGCACGUGAACGUGUUCGCCAACGGAGCGUUACGGCCGGCCGCUGAGAAGGAAGCAUCUGCCCGGCCAAAGCGGUGGCCUUUAGCCCAAGUGCCUGUCGGCGGCCUCCCUUGCAUCCCGGGUGCCAUCAUGCGGCCCAGCGCCUAUGAGGAGGAGGACGGGGAGCUCGCGCACAAGGAGGACUGGGAUUUCCGCAUGGAGGCAGAGAAUGAGAAAACUCGCGUGACCUGGGACAUGGAGAGGCGCUGCUACAUGGAUCCAGGAGCUGUGGCCACCUUUCAGAAAAAGAUAGCCGAGAGCCGGUUCUGGCCUGUGGAGGUUGCCAAAAUCCAAAUCCCCAUGGCUGCAAAAGGAGGAAGGAGCAAGAGUGAAAAGGUUGACGAGGACUCUCAAAUAGGCUUUCACGGCGUCGCCUACGUUAACCUGGCCCCGCUGCUCUACCCCGGUGCCACGGUGGUGCGCGGUGCCUACCGAGUGCACCCCUACAGCGACGUCGAGAUGCUCGAAAAGACCAAGCGGACUGGGUUCGUGGUGCGCGAGGCCGCACGGCUGGUGUGCAGCAUCGGGAGGGGCACAGGGCCCGGCAGUAUCGCUUCCCCGCACCCCAAGCCAGCGCCGAGUCGCCUGGGAAAGGAGACCAUCAAAAAGAGUUCAACAGUUAAGCAUGUGGUCGACAACGAGUCUGAGUCAAGCAUCAUUCAGAACGCAGAGUCACAGCAAUACCUGGAGGCUCAAACUUACAUUGUGCUCGAGUUCUGUCUGGAGAAACCACUCGUUCCUAAGAGGAAGCCAGAGGAGCUGGCUAAGAGGGUGGCAGAUCUCAUUCCGCCAAGACCACCGAUGCCUCGCAGGAUUGCCAGUGCGCAGCAGGCGGUGAGCGACUAUCACGACCAGGUGGCGAAGGUGGCAUCGAUGGUGCUUGAUGAGUUCCGCGCGAUGUUCCCCGAGUGGAGUGGGGUCGAGGGGCCGCAGGAUGAUCCCGAGGGGCAGGAGAAGCGUAAGCGCCGUCUCCUGUACGAGCUCAACUCUUCGGGAAAGUACUUCGCCUUCAAGGAGCAGCUCAAGCAAGCCGUGGUGAAUAUCGUUCGUGAAAAGUACUUGAAGACGACGGCGUUUGAGGACCGAGAUGAGCUGCAGGCCUUCCUAGGGGAGCUCUACAUCUUCCUCAUCGACCAGAUGCACGUCUCUCUCAACAAGGUCAUGUCGACCGAUUCCGCAUUGUUUGUGCCCGAGCCGCUUACGGACUCCGUAGAACUGCGGAAUUACGCGCGCGAAGCAGAGCUCAACGGAGACUCAGCGCUGGCGACCAAGUACUACCAAGAGAGGCUGGCUCGAGACAAGAACAACCCCGACCACUGGUUUGACUACGGCACGUUCUGCCUGCGCUCCGGUGAUUCCAUCAAAGCCGAGGAGUGCUUCCACGAUGCCGUGGCACUCGACCAAAGACACCUGGACAGCUUAGCGAUGUGCGGCGUGAUGUGCAACAAGAAUGAGGGGUAUGACGAGGCGGAGACUUUCUUUGAGAACGCCACCUGUGUUCACGCGAGCAGCUCUCUGGCCUGGACCAUGCUCGGGCUGUUUUACGAGGGACAAGGAAAUGACAUCCGUGCGGAUAAGGCAUUCUUGGAGGCUCAGCGGCAGAGUUCUGCAUCUGUGAUGAUGGUGAGGAUGGGAGGAAGAGGAGAGACGCCGCAUGUGCAGGAGUCAAGCCGGCUUCCAGCUGACGAUGAAACUGCACUGCUCGAGGGCACCUCUGUCAAUGUCCCACAGGAGGAGCCGCAGGGGCCGAUGGAGCCAUUGCGAGGGCCCAGCUCUGCCACCAGCCACCUCACGCGGACCCCGUCGCUCGACCCCAGCAACGCCAAGCUGAGCGGCGUUGGAGGCGCAGCCGACGAAGAAGCCACCGCCGCGGCCACCGCAGCCGGUGGCACAAACGCGGGGCGAGACGACUUCAACGAUGACAAAGCCAACGGCGGGGCCAGCGCAACUGAUGGAAACACGCCGGUCAACGCCGCAGAUGGCAGCGUGGGCAUGCCUCCCGGUCGAGAGUCGAGCGCCACACACGCUGCUCCUACCACGAGUGGCAGCGAGCAGGCGCUGGCGGAGGUGGCAGUGGUGCGGGAGAUAGGAGCGGGAGCUCCGAAACCUACGGCUUCUGCUUCCACCCCAGCACCGGCUUCUACCAGCUCCAUCUUUAUGGAGGCAGCUUGCUUUCUCCUGGAUGCUGGCGCUAUCCAGCUCGCGGAGCGUGCCUUGGCGCUGGAGCUGGUGAGUGCCGGCGGGCGGGAGAGCGGACGCUACUGCACGGCGCUGGCGCGACUGUUCAUGCUGCGCGGGGAGGUGAAGGAGGCGGAGGUGGCGCUUCGUGACGCCGUGCGGUUAGACCACCAGGACCCUGACGGCUGGGCCCAACUGGGUCACGUGUGCUUGUUGACGGGGCGAGUGGACGAGGCCAAGGAUCAUUACCAGCGCACGCUGAGCUUCACGAGCGAUGCGUCGGACACGCGCGCCGUGCUCAUGCGCCUGGCCUCCAUCUACACGCGAGACACACAGUUUGAGGAGGCCAAAGAAGCGUAUCUCCGUGCCUGCAAGCUGUCUCCGUCCUGCUUGUCUUGGCUGGGUGUCGCCAUCUCCUGCUACAGGCUGGGAGAACUGACCGAGGCGGAGGACGCCCUGGCUGAGGCCAACUUCCUCAACAACAGCAAUGCGGAGGUGUGGGCCUACCUGGCGCUCGUGUGUCUACAGACGGGGCGGCAGCUGGAGGCGGAGCAGUCGUACAAGUACGCCGUCAAGCUCAACCUGCAGGACGAGCUGCUCUUGAGCGAAAUCCACGAGGGGCAGCGGCUGGCAGGGUUCGGGAACCCGUCCUUCUGAGCUCCGCGGUUGCCCGCGCGCCACCGCCGCGUUUGCCAAGUGAUCGUAAAGCGGCGUGCGCACGCACGCACACGCUCACACGCGCGCCUCGUAUGCGUUUAAACGGCGGCAGUUCGCCCACCACGUGCCGCCAACACUGAAACUGAACGGCGGGCAGAACGUGAAAAAUUGUUUCGAUAAAAUGCUGAAAGUGGGAUUGAGGGUAGUGAGAUGGCUGGCACUAGUGGACGUUUGGCUAGUCAGUUGGGGUUAGGAGUGCGGUUUGUAGUAGUGGUUGGUUGGCUCGCGGGUUAGGUGUAAGGAUAUUUCGAUUUAAAGCUUUCGUGACUGCAGGGAUUCAUCUUCUUGGUUCUUUCGGUAAAGUCACGUAGAAGGGAAGUAAUAAAAUAAUAAAAAUAAAACAUAAUAAAAUAAAAUUAUGUUUUAUUUUUUAAAUAAAACAUAAUAAAAUAAAAUUAUGUUUUAUUUUUAUUAUUUUAUUACUUCCCUUUUACGUGACUUUACCGAAAGAACCAAGAAGAUGUAAGGAUAUUGUUAGGGUCAGAGGGAGGGCUCUAUACUGUGCUGUUGAUUAGGGUUUGGGGUGGGAUAGUUUUUAGUUACUGAUUGCCUAGUCAGAUGUAAAGCUAUGGUUAGACGUAGGGAUAGAGCUAGUGUCGGUGGCUGCUUAGCUAGUUGGUUAGGGUUAGUAGCAGAGCUAGUACUCGUGGUUGGUUGCUUAGUUUAGCGGUAAGGAUAAAGGUUAGGGGUAGGACUAGUACUGGUGGCAGGUUGGAUAGCGGUAAGGAUAUUAUUAUGGUCAGAGGGAGGGCUAGUGUUAGCAACUCGUCGAAUAGUCAGUUAUGGUUAGGGAUGGUGCUAACAUUGAUCGAGCUUUCGCACUCCGCUCCAAAACCGCUUGCAUCUCUUCCCAUUUGCAGCGUAUGGACUUUCAGCUUUUGGCCGCGUUUUGUUUCUAGGGUUUAUAGUUUCGUCAUCUCCUGCUCGUGCAGCAUCCAUCACUGAGAGCAGCUGGUGGUAGCAAGAGUUGCUGCGCUGGAGUUGAACACAGCGGCCAACAAGUGAAACACGAGCUCACAGCCUCGAAUAGCGAGCAGUGUCACGCUCCAUCUGUACAGCCACGUCGAUGUACUCUAUUGACAAUAAACAUUCGUUUUUUAAAAUUAAUAAUAGUUGCCAGGUUUCCAAUUUUUAUUGUUUUUGCUGUUCAAGCGAAUGCCUUUUUAUUUCAUGCGGCAAAUUAAGGCAAUGUGUAAGUGGAGAAAAAUGU